AUGGAAGCUCAAUCAAACGAAGAAAACACCGCCGCCGUCACGUCGCCUGCUGCCGCCACUACGUCGACCACCACGACGUACACGUCCUCGGAACCUACUGCUACCACGGAGACUUCCGCGGAGACUACCACAACAAUUCCAAGGGCGCCGCGCACCACAGCUUCAAAAAAGAAGAAAGAAUUGGCUAAAGCCAGAGAAGAAUUGCUACGCAAGGAGGUAGAACUGGCCGCCGCACGCGUCGCAGCAUUGGAGGCAGACACGGACGACGAAGAGGAGGACGAAAAUGAAGAGGACGCCGCCACAUUAAGAAGAGAGAGGACUACGGACUGGAUUCGCCGGACGAGCACAUUGGCACUCACAAUGGAGCCGCACACAGAGAGGACGACCGCCGACUUGCAUCAGGGGAUUAAUAUCUCAUCGAUACCCGCCGGAGAGGGAACGAAAGCGCCGCAGCCGCAGCCGUGCAGCGACGCAUUCCGACGGGACCAUGCAAGCCACAACGGUCCGAGGGACGACUCCAUAGCACCAAUGAUGCCAACGAAGAAAGAAGAGGAUUCACUGAAAGGGGGCAUCGACUAUAAGGACUUGGCGACUGCGAUGACUAUGGCAGCUCGCGCAAUUCAGCCCUCCACAGUGCCGCGAGUCACAGAACUACCACCCUUCAACGGCGCGUCAAGCGAAUGGCUGCCCUGGAAGAUGGCCUACGAAGAGUCUGCGGGGCAGCUGACCGAGCAAGAAAACUUGGGUAGAUUACGUCGGUGUUUAAAGGGUGCGGCCAAAGAGGCUGCACACUGUCUUUUCGUUGGGGAUACGUCUGCAGCAGAAGUAAUACAAUUACUUGCUACGAGGUUCGGCCGUCCAGGAGCACUCGUGAUGGCCGAGAUGAAUAAACUUCGUGCGCUGCCGCGGCUGUCAGACAACCCCAAGGACAUCUGUCUAUUCGCAUCCAGAAUAGCCAAUGUCACUGCAACAAUUCAAGCCCUGAAGAAGAACCACUAUUUGUACAACGAAGAAGUGACAAGAUCCAUCACGGAGAAGAUGCCUUCUGCGCUACGAUUCAAAUACUACGACUUCGUAGCAGAACAGCCAGCUGAUCAACCGGACCUGAUAACGCUCUCCAAGUUCCUGCAAAUCACCGCAGCCAGGUGCGGUGACUUCGCACCCGCCGAAGUAAUAGUAAAUGAAGACCGGCGGGAGCCAGCAACGAAGAGAAGCGUGAAAACAUACAUCACGCAGGAGAAACCGACUUCACCGCCGUGUCCGACGUGCAACAGGGAGGGACACGCACCACCCGAUUGCAUCACUGUGAAGAACGCCGAGCCACAAGCAAGAUGGGAGAUAGCAAAAAAACACAGGCUAUGUUUCCGUUGCCUGAGGAUAAAAAGAUUUCGUCACAACUGCAAGACGAAGAGAUGCAACGUUGGUGGGUGUACACACCUACAUCACCCACUCCUGCACGUCGACACCAUAGAGAAGAAGGACAGCGAGCCCUCCGAUGAUAAAGCAGCCGCAGUCGUCGCGUCUGCGAGAGAAGAUAAGAAGAUCGCAUUCCUCAAGAUAGUGCCGAUACAAGUGAUCGGUCCCAAAGGAACGUGCGAUACAUACGCACUCCUGGUCGACGGCGCAACGUGCACCAUCAUCGAAGAAGCAACAGCGAAGCAAAUCGGCGCCACUGGUCCUCCCGCACCCUUCUACAUAGAGGCCGUGGCCGGGACACGCAUAAACGCCGAUGAAUCGAAGCUUGUCCACUUCACAAUACGGGGACGAAGAUCGGAAGAUCAUGCCGUGUCUGCGCGAACCAUGAAGAAACUACUGUUAUCUCCACAAACAGUAUCACGCAGCGCAAUAGAAGACUGUCCACACUUGUACGAUAUAAUAGAUCAGCUGACAUAUGAAGAAGGUCAACCGACGGUUCUGCUGGGUCAAGACAACUGGCAUUUGCUGCUCGCACAUGAAGUCAGAAGAGGCAAUAAGACACAACCGGUCGCAUCACUCACCGACCUGGGUUGGGUGUUGCACGGCACGGGAGCGGCGAGAGCGAGACAGCAAGUGCACAGAAUCAGUCACUUAGUCGACGGGCAAGAAAAUGAAGAAUCCAUAGAGCGAUUAAUGAAAGAACACUUCGCUCUCGAAUCACUGGGCGUCACACCGAAGCGCUCAUACAAUGAAGAGGAACAACGCGCGCUGAAAAUAUUGCAAGAAAAAACUCGCCCGUUACCGGCGGGAGGCUACGAGACCGCGUUGCUAUGGAAACGCGACAACGCAACGCCGCCGGCUAACUACGACUCAGCAAUGCGACGCCUCGAGUUAAUUGAGAAAAAACUCGACAAGAAUGAAGACAUGAAGAACAGAUAUAAACAGCAAAUUACCACGCUGUUAGAAAGGGGAUAUGCAGAAAUCGCCCCACCGGUGAAGACUGAACGAGUAUGGUACCUGCCACACUUCGCUGUCAUCAACCCACAGAAACCGGACAAGCUGCGCAUCGUGCACGACGCCGCCGCCAAGACAAGGGGCAUUAGUCUCAACGACAUGCUACUGUCGGGACCCGACCUACUCCAAUCACUACCUGGGGUCCUCAUGAGGUUCCGACAGCGCCGUGUGGCGGUCACAGCGGACAUCAAGGAUAUGUUCAUGCGUGUCACAAUACGAGAAGAAGACCGAGACAUGCAACGGUUUCUAUGGAGAGGAGAUCGACGCCAGGGCCCAGCUGUCGAAUAUAGGAUGAAGAGCGUCAUCUUCGGGGCCACUUCGUCGCCAUGCACGGCGAUAUACGUGAAGAACAAGAACGCCGAACUACAUAAAGAAGAGUUCCCGGAGGCGGCUGCAGCGGUGGUUGUCAAUCACUAUGUUGACGACGAAUAUAUUACAAGAAACGUGGCGCACGGGUAUCGGCUGGGCCACCGAACUGCAAGAACGGGAAGCAGCAGCGUGGCGGAGCUGGAUAUCGCACGCACAGCAGUUACCCCACUUGGUAAUACCACGGUGUUACCCCGGUGUGGCGACGGCACAUACGACGGAGCUUCACACAUUCGUCGACGCGAGCUCAGAUGCAUACGCCUGUGUCGUAUACUGGCGGGCCGUAUGCGUGACCGGCGAGGUACGUGUGUCACUCAUCGCAGCCAAGGGAAGAGUGGCCCCUUUAAACAAGGUCACCACUAUACCACGUCUGGAGCUGCAAGCGGCCGUACUAGGGAGCCGCCUGUCACGCACGGCUGUCGAAGAACACGAUCUGAAACCUGCCCGUCGUGUCUACUGGUCGGAUUCGCGUACCGUACUGUCUUGGUUACGCACCGGGCCGCGUGCAUUCAAGCCCUUCGUCGCUCACCGAGUCGCUGA